AUGCCGAAAGUGAUCAGUUACACUCCGCCAUGGCUCUCGCGCCCUUCCCCCGGCGCCGCCCUGUUUUCGAGUCCAGCACCCAAGGAUCCAGCAAGCUCCAAAAACACCAAAGAUGCCCCGUAUCUCGGCCCGUCGCGCACACUGGCACGACGAGGAAAUGAAGUGCUCACGGUCGUUGACAACCAAAUCCGCUGGUCGAGCCUCACGCGAUUAAAGGAUGAAUGGCAGCAGCGCGCUAGGUCCAAGAACCAAAGCAAUGAUACGGAGAGCGGCGCUCCCUACCGGAUCUUGACAGUUCCGGUAUACGACCAGAUUCGACAGAUCAUCCCUUCUCCGAACGGCGCUUUUCUGGCAAUCGUCGCAGACCACACUGUCUACAUCGCCGUGCUUCCGGAUUCUGCGCACUUGUCCACAGCGGACUCCUCCCCAAUCCGUGUGAAAACCUAUCAACUUGGCCCAACGACACAUGUCAUUCCGGAAUCCCCGGUGGUAUCGGCAUUGUGGCAUCCGCUCGGAGUCUACAGCAAUCUCGCAGGGUGCCUAGUGACGGUAACUGAAGAUGCGGUGGUGCGCGUUUGGGAGUUGGACCGGAAUAACCAUUGGUCGUUUGAUCGUCCUACGGUGGCUGCCGACCUCAGGAAGCUGGUUGAUGGGACUUCCUCAGACCAGGACUUUGCGCCUUCAGGCUUCGGCAAGAACAAGGGCUUUUCCUCUGAUUAUGUUGACAUGGAGGUUGCGUCGGCUCGAUUCGGGGGUGUUGGAAGCGAGAAGGAGGAUGCCUGGGCUGCAAUGACGCUCUGGAUUGCUAUGAAGCCAGGUGAUCUCUAUGCGCUCUGCCCAUUACUACCUUCUAAAUGGAGGGCACCGUCUGCCGCUGUUCCUUCACUCUCUGCCGCAAUCAUUCCGAAGAUGUCCGUCUUGGAGGAAGAUCCUCUUGAUUAUGGAGACCAAUUGGCUGCUUGUCGACAGCAGUACGAGUGGCUUGCGGAACUCGAUAACCAAGAACCGCUACAGAUAAUUCCCGGUUCUGCAACAGAACCCGAGUCUGAGAUUCUCACGCGCCCCGCUAAUCUUGGCGCAAUACCCAAACUUCAGGGCCCUUUCCGCGUUGAUACCGGAGAUUAUGCUGAUGAUCUCGACUUGUGCGAUAUGCUUGUUAUUGCGGCCAAGGCUGAUACUGAUGCUCUGAUGAUGGGCGAGGAGGAUGAAUUGACACUGAACAGUGGUGGCGACAAACUAUCAGCCACCGUGAUUUGUCUGUCCUCUCUGAGUGGCAGAGUCUACCUUUGCCUUGAGACUGGCGGAGUAGAGGGACAAUGGCUCCCGAAAGCUAGAAAGAACGCAUUCCGCGUGCCUGACUCGGAGCAGUCCGACCUACUGUUGCUGGAAGCUCUCGAUACUGUCGAAGAGGAUCGUCGAACAUCGGAUACGUGGCCCAUGUUCUCACCUGAUGCCCAUUCCCGCUAUAACUUCUUCGUGACAACCUCUCACAGCGUAGUUUUUAUAUCGCUGUCUUCGUGGAUCCAGCGCUUGGAGGAUGAACUACAGUCCGAAGACACCUCAGGCUCGGCCUUCCGCCUCCAGAUCCUUUGCGAAGGCAAUGCGUCUAUCCUGGAAUCGAUCAUCAAGGUAGAUGAUGCUAGUAUUUCUAGUAGUCAGCCGGCCCACCUCCCAGCUUCUUUGGUUUACCAUGACUAUGACUUGGGUUACUUACUGCUCACCUCUCACGCAUGCGACCCAUACGCUGCGGUUCUCGAAAAGCCUAAUUUCUUCCCGUCGUUCUCUCUCGAGACGGGCGCCCAGCAAACCGAUUCGCCUACAGUCCCUCCCCAUCGGCCUCCUUACCAGGUUCCUUCGAUUCUGUAUUCGGACUCUCCCCUGGAGUUCUUCGUCGAUAAGCACGUACCCCAUCGCUACCGGAGCAGUCUCAAGGAGAAGGUGCUCCUGUCACCGGCUACUUUAGACCUAGUGGCGGCUGCGCACCGAAUUUUGUCUGCCCAUACUAACGCGCUUGAGCGAGCUGCAUCGGACCUUUUCCGCCGCUGUGAGAGGUUACAGGGAGAAUUGCGCGAUCAAUUAGGACAGGUAGCUGAUGUAGCCGAUCGGAUCAAGGGCGUCUCGAGUGAAAUCAGCGAGGAUGGACAGAGGAAGGAAGGAUCUAGGAGCACUGCGGCAUUGGACGAGAGGCUGAAAGAGGCCAAGGACCGACAGACAGAACUUGUUCAGCGAUACGAAGCUAUCCGCAACAAGGUUCUCAAGUCGGGCGGCCGGCCGCUUAGUGAAAAAGAGUCGUCCUGGUUCGCUGAGGUUGAAGCGCUCUCGCAGUCGUUUGAUAAAGAGCGCAAGGAGGAAUCCGCCGAGCAAAUAUCCCAGCGGCUGGAGUCUGUCAAGGAAAUCGCAUCAGAACUGCUCACAGAAGCCAAGUCUGUUGCUUCUAGAAUCCCAACUGCGACAGAGCCCAACACCCCGGGCUCUCCUAGCAGCGCACAGCCAAGGGUUCCUCAGCGCCUCCAACGGGCCAAGAUUGCUGAUGCUAUGAAAAUGGUGGAGCGAGAAUCUGCUGUCAUCGAGUCCAUAACUACGCGCCUGGCCCGGCUCAAUACGAUGGUUUGA